CGGUGGCGGCGGGGACGACGGGGACGACGGGGACGGCUCCGACCGGAGAAGGAGCCCCGGCCGCCCCCGCUGCGGAGCCCAGCGCGGGGGAGGCGGACAGCGGAGAUGCCGCCCUGGUUGACGUAACUGGUGGAUUGGAAACUGAAUCCUCUAAUGGGAAAGAAACACUGGAAGGUGCUGGGGACAGUUCAGAAGUGAUGGAUACCCAGGCUGGCUCUGUGGAUGAAGAGAAUGGCCGGCAACUGGGAGAAGUGGAGCUACAGUGUGGGAUAUGUACAAAAUGGUUCACGGCAGACACCUUUGGCAUUGACACCACAUCCUGCUUACCUUUCAUGACCAACUACAGUUUUCACUGCAACAUAUGUCAUCAUAGUGGGAACACCUAUUUCCUCAGAAAACAAGCAAAUUUGAAGGAAAUGUGCCUUAGUGCCCUGGCCAAUCUAACAUGGCAGUCCCGGACACAGGAUGAGCAUCCCAAAACCAUGUUCUCCAAAGACAAGGAUAUUAUACCUUUUAUUGAUAAGUAUUGGGAGUGCAUGACAACCAGGCAAAGACCUGGGAAGAUGACCUGGCCAAACAACAUUGUUAAAACAAUGAGUAAGGAGAGAGAUGUAUUCUUGGUGAAGGAACACCCAGACCCCGGCAGCAAAGACCCAGAGGAGGAUUACCCAAAGUUUGGGCUUUUGGACCAGGACCUUGGUAAUAUCGGUCCCGCCUAUGAUAACCAGAAGCAAAGCAGUGCUGUUUCUACUAGUGGAAACUUGAACGGUGGAGCCUCUUUUGGAGGGGGAAUUGCGGCAGGUAGCAGUGGGAAAGGAAGAGGGGCCAAGCGCAAACAGCAGGACGGAGGGACAACUGGCACCACCAAGAAAGCCCGAAGUGACCCCUUAUUUUCUGCCCAGCGCCUCCCCCCUCACGGCUACCCACUGGAGCACCCCUUCAACAAAGACGGCUAUCGCUACAUUCUGGCCGAGCCUGAUCCCCACGCUCCUGACCCUGAGAAACUGGAGCUGGACUGCUGGGCCGGAAAGCCCAUUCCUGGAGACCUCUACAGAGCUUGCCUUUAUGAACGGGUCCUGCUCGCGCUGCAUGACCGAGCUCCCCAGCUAAAGAUUUCUGACGACCGGCUGACUGUAAUCGGAGAGAAGGGCUAUUCUAUGGUGCGGGCCUCACAUGGGGUGCGCAAGGGUGCCUGGUACUUUGAAAUCUCAGUGGACGAGAUGCCUCCAGACACUGCUGCUAGACUGGGUUGGUCCCAGCCACUAGGAAACCUCCAAGCCCCACUGGGUUAUGACAAGUUCAGUUAUUCUUGGCGGAGCAAGAAGGGAACCAAGUUCCACCAGUCCAUUGGCAAGCGCUACUCUUCUGGCUAUGGACAAGGAGAUGUCUUGGGGUUUUACAUCUCCCUUCCCGAAGAAACAGAGACUGCUAAAUCCCUGCCUGACACCUAUAAGGAUAAGGCUUUGAUAAAGUUCAAGAGUUAUUUGUAUUUUGAGGAAAAGGACUUUGUGGAUAAAGCAGAAAAGAGCCUAAAGCAAACCCCCAAAAGCCAAAUAAUAUUCUACAAAAAUGGCGUUAGCCAAGGAGUGGCCUACAAGGAAAUAUUUGAAGGAGUUUACUUUCCUGCUAUCUCCCUCUACAAGAGUUGCACUGUUUCCAUCAACUUUGGGCCCUGCUUUAAGUAUCCACCAAGGGAGAUCACUUACCGUCCUAUGAGUGACAUGGGCUGGGGCGCUGUAGUGGAGCACACAUUGGCCGAUGUCUUGUAUCACGUAGAAACAGAAGUGGAUGGGAGACGGAGUCCCCCGUGGGAGCCAUAGCCAUAUCUCCCAUUUUCAGGCAGGGACUUACUGGGAAUAAAGCCGGGUUUGUUGUAUUUGAUCUUCCUUUUUCACAGUCUCCUGUGUGCUUCUCCCUGAAGGGAUGGCACAGAAUGGCACCUGCUGGGUAAAAGGGGAGUAAGGUCUCUGCCUUCUGUGUAUCCAUGGGGUUGCUCUUCUCUGAUGAGCCUCACUAUGAAAACGCCAGUUCUUCACAAGCCAGUGAGUUCUCCCUGUAGUUGUCCUUCCCUCCAGGCUAUCAGUACUUCUAUAGGCCAGUAGUACUUCUGUAAAGCGGUUCUCCUGAGUGAGGUGUCAUGUCUCUGCGGCUUCUUUCUCUAGUAACAGUUUUCUGUAUGUGGGUGUUGACACUGCCCUUUCAGAAUUUCAUUUCUCAGGGGUCAGUCACCCCGGACUUCCCAGAGCAGCUGAAAUCAGUGGCUCCUGCCAAAUGUGACGACCAAGCAGUUGUAUGCUCCAAACGGUUCCCUUUUUAAUGAUUGUAAAUAAUACUUUUCAUAUGGAGGGAACUUCAGAGCGCCAAAACAACUGAGUGUGAAACUAAUUGUGAAUGGAAUACAUGCUUUGAGUUUUUUUAUAUAGUAGAAGUCUUAAAAUAAAAUUUUAAAGUGGUUCGUGUGCUGCUUUUGAGCUGUCUUUCAGGCUAAA